CACCAACUCAAGAAAAGACUCAAAACACACACACAGAGAAAAAUAGUUGGUAACAAUGGCUGCUAUAAAUGGUGUAGGUCUUUCAUGUCCAUCAAAAUUGACUAAAAGUACUAAAAGUCAAACACCCAAAUGGGCUACUAAUGCAACAAUUAGAAUGACAGCUUCAGUUGAUGAAAAGAAGAAAAUUUACACACUUCAAAAAUCUGAAGAAGCUUUCACUAAAGCUAAGGAGUUGAUGCCAGGUGGUGUAAAUUCCCCUGUUCGUGCUUUCAAGUCAGUUGGCGGACAACCUAUCAUAAUUGAUUCUGUGAAGGGCUCUCAUAUGCGGGACAUAGAUGGUAAUGAGUACAUUGACUAUGUCGGAUCAUGGGGUCCAGCUAUAAUCGGUCAUGCAGAUGAUGAGGUGCUCGCAGCAUUGGCUGAAACAAUGAAGAAAGGAACGAGUUUCGGCGCUCCAUGUCUCCUCGAAAAUACUCUAGCUGAGAUGGUUAUUUCAGCUGUCCCAAGCAUAGAAAUGGUUCGGUUUGUCAAUUCUGGUACCGAGGCAUGUAUGGGAGUACUACGGCUGGCUCGUGCUUUCACUGGCCGGUCUAAGAUCAUUAAAUUCGAGGGUUGUUACCAUGGUCAUGCAGACGCAUUUCUUGUUAAAGCAGGCAGUGGGGUCGCCACCCUAGGACUCCCCGACUCACCCGGAGUACCCAAGGCAGCUACUAUUGAUACUCUAACAGCGCCUUACAAUGAUAUUUCUGCUAUCGAGACCCUCUUUGAGGAGCACAAAGGCGAAGUUGCUGCUGUAAUUCUCGAGCCUGUAGUUGGAAAUGCCGGCUACAUUCAACCAAAUCUAGAUUUUCUCGCUGCCAUUCGCAAGAUUACCAUAGAAAAUGAUGCACUUCUUAUUUUCGACGAAGUUAUGACUGGAUUUAGGUUAGCAUACGGCGGAGCUCAAGAGUAUUUUGGAAUAACUCCGGAUUUGACAACACUCGGAAAGAUUAUUGGUGGUGGCUUGCCGGUAGGUGCAUACGGAGGAAGGCGGGCUAUUAUGGAGAUGGUAGCACCUGCAGGACCAAUGUAUCAGGCGGGGACCCUCAGCGGAAACCCAUUGGCCAUGACAGCUGGAAUUCACACGCUUAAGCGGUUACAGAAACCGGGUACAUACGAAUACUUGGACAAGAUCACUGGUGAACUCACACAAGGAAUCUUGGAUGCUGGAAAGAAGACUGGUCAUGCAAUGUGCGGCGGUUACAUAAGGGGUAUGUUUGGCUUCUUUUUCGCGGAGGGUCCCGUUUAUAACUUUUCGGAUGCAAAGAAGAGUGAUACUGAGAAAUUUGGAAGAUUCUAUAGGGGGAUGUUGGAGGAAGGUGUUUAUUUUGCCCCAUCGCAGUUUGAGGCUGGAUUUACCAGCUUAGCACACACUCAAGAGGAUAUUCAAAGGACUGUAGAUGCAGCUGAAAAAGUUCUAAAGCAAAUUUAAAGACUUCCUUUUCUUUUUUUGUAUGCUAGGUGGAGAUUUUUCCUUUCAAGUUUUUGUUGUGA